ACAUUUGUUGAGAACACCCUUAGUCAAUUCUUGAUUAUUAAGAAAUUGUCAGAUGAUCUAGGAGAAUUGGAUAAUCGUCAGGGCGCCCCCCUAAGUUCGGGUUUAAAUCGUGUUCGAGGAGAGUAUUAUGAUCUUUCUUCCGUUCACGAAGAAAUUAAUCUUUCUUUACACAAUGUCAACACUGGAG